AUGGGAGGGCAAAAGCAGACCAAAGGCAGGCCAAAGGCAGGCCAAAAGCAGGUCAAAGGCAGGCCAAAGGCAGGCCAAUGGCAGGCCAAAGAAAGGCCAGGGCAAGGCCAGGGCAAGGCCAGGGCAAGGCCAGGGCAAGGCCAGGGCAAGGCCAGGGCAAGGCCAGGGCAAGGCCAGGGCAAGGCCAGGGCAAGGCCAGGGCAAGGCCAGGGCAAGGCCAGGGCAAGGCCAGGGCAAGGCCAGGGCAAGGCCAGGGCAAGGCCAGGGCAAGGCCAGGGCAAGGCCAGGGCAAGGCCAGGGCAAGGCCAGGGCAAGGCCAGGGCAAGGCCAGGGCAAGGCCAGGGCAAGGCCAGGGCAAGGCCAGGGCAAGGCCAGGGCAAGGCCAGGGCAAGGCCAGGGCAAGGCCAGGGCAAGGCCAGGGCAAGGCCAGGGCAAGGCCAGGGCAAGGCCAGGGCAAGGCCAGGGCAAGGCCAGGGCAAGGCCAGGGCAAGGCCAGGGCAAGGCCAGGGCAAGGCCAGGGCAAGGCCAGGGCAAGGCCAGGGCAAGGCCAGGGCAAGGCCAGGGCAAGGCCAGGGCAAGGCCAGGGCAAGGCCAGGGCAAGGCCAGGGCAAGGCCAGGGCAAGGCCAGGGCAAGGCCAGGGCAAGGCCAGGGCAAGGCCAGGGCAAGGCCAGGGCAAGGCCAAGGCAAGGCCAGAGCAUGGCCAGGGCAAGGUCAGGGCAAGGCCAGGGCAAAGCCAGGGCAAGGCCAGGGGAAGGCCAGGGCAAAGCAAGACAAAGCAAGGCAAGGUAAGGCAAAAGCGGUUAAGUGUACUUAAGCACGCCCAAGACAAAAAUUAUUCUAACGUGACGUGA